AUGCAUACGCAGUUGUGCCGUGCCACAAUUCCACUCCAAUCAUCGUCGCUGGAGAACUUUUGGUAUUUGAGCUCGGGCCACCCUAGCUAUCCAGAUGCGAUUUAUCGGAGCUUCCACCUCGUACACUCCACCACAACCUCAGCAUCCAAGCUCCACGCUUGGCCUUCUGCACAUGCUAUAAUGGCACCCACUACCUCACCUACCGAUGCGCCCACCCAUCCGGCUUCCAAAGAUGGCCGUAUCGGUCCCCACCCCUCGUACAUCGAAGUAGCGAAACCGUACCUCCUCCAAAGCGCCAUCCAGAAAUGCUUAACCGAUCUGGCCAUGAGCGAUGCCAAAGAAGACGCCGCGCGACUCCAAGGCGUGGCCUACAUUGAUCAAGUGCGCCGCGCACUCCAGCUCCCCGUGCGCACGUUCAAUACCGCCGUCGUCUAUUACCACAAGUUUCGCCUGCUACAUCCCGAUCACGAGUACAACUAUGCAGAUGCGGCAGCGGCAGCGCUGUUCACGGCUUGUAAGAUUGAGGAUACGCUCAAAAAAAGCAGGGAGAUAUUGGCGGCAUACUGGAAUUUGAAAGUCGGCGUGGGAGAGCAGGCUAGCAGUGAUGAUCCGCGCUUCGAAAAACACGUCAGGAUCAUUCUUGGGCUCGAACGCCUCAUGCUCGAAAGCGCGGGCUUCGAUUUCCGCAGCCGGCAUCCACAGAAACUGAUUGUCAAGCUUGCGCGAGUGAUGGGGUUCAGUUUGAACGGUUCAGCGAACUUGGCGUGGAAUUUGAGCAUCGACAUGUACAGGACUUUUGCACCGCUAAAGCAAACAGUGUCGACUAUGGCCAUUGCGUGCUUGGAACUUGCAGCAAUGCUGUAUGGCAUGAAUAUGGAUACGAUCGUUGAUACUGGAGCAGCCAAAUACAAGAAGUGGAACACGAGUCGAGCAGAGAUCAUGGAAACAUUGCUCGAUCUUUUGGAUCUUUACACUCACUACCGUAGCUCGACCUUUGUAGGCCCGCUGUAUACCCUCGAGACCUUUAUCAACCUCCGUAUCGGCCUCAAUCAGGAAGCUUCCAGCACGAAUAUCCCCCGCUUUGCAACCUACGCUUCCGACUCCACAGCCGCAACGUCCGAUUCUCAAACGCCUAGCCACCCUACGAAUGGCGCCUCAAAACCCCGCAACGGCUUCGAUGCCAACUCGCCCCACACACCGAUUACUCCUGGACAGAUUUCCCCAGGCACGGUUGCUCCUCCCUCUGCUAUAGGAAUCAGGGGUCAGAAUGGCACCGUGAGAUUCAUGCUCAGCGCGCAGAGGGCAAAAGAAGAAAAUGCCGUCGUGAACAGCUACUGGAAAGUGGAAGAGGAAGAAUACGAAGAAGUCGUCACCAUCGAUCCCGGCCGUGAGCGUGAGCGAGACCGCGACUGGGGGCGAGACCGCGAGCGCGAGAGAGACAGAGACAGAGACAGAGAAUGGGAGAGGGAAAGAGAGAGAGAAAGAGACCGAGGAAGAGUGCGUUGA